UUAACCUGGGCAGUUAAAUCUUAAAUGGGCCAGAAGGGCCCAAUAGUUCUUCCCGCCUCACCAUCGUCCGACCGCCGCAGGGCGGAGAUCUCCUGGAACAACCGGCUUCUCUUCCAAGCCAAUUCUAGUGAGGGAAUCAAUUGAAAAAUUCACAGCUAUUGGCCGAUUGGAGUUCCAUUUCCAGGCGACAUCGACCUUCUCCGGCCGACCGGUUUCGCCGAUGCUCGGAAAUCUGUGAUUACUUCAUCCGAGAACCUGGCUUCCGGCAUUCCCUGGCGCAUCAAACCAUAACAGCGACGUCUGGAGAGCUAGAGUUUUUGGACUGUGAGACCGUGUUUUCCUUCGUCCGGUGGCUUGCUAUCAGCAUCCGUGAUCCGUGUAAUGUCUGAGGAGAGCAAGAGUCAGCGUACUUGCACUGAGCUCUCGAUUGAGGAAAAGGAGUGUUUGCAACCCCUUCAGGUGGAUUCCAACAAUGAAGGAGUUUCGAUGAAGAUGUCAAAGGAGGGCUCGGAUGAACUGAACCAGAAGAAAGUUACAGUUGUGAAAGAUUUGCAACUUUUACGAGAAAGAUUCAUUAAGGCGGAUGCUGAUCAUGUGGUGCAGAAUUUGAUGUCAUGCUCGAAGACUUUGGAGGAUCUUGAAAAGCAGGAAUCUAAAUUCCUACAUACCUGUAAUGCGAAGCGUUAUAAAUUGCAAGAUGAGAUUAUUGAGCUGGAGGGAAGACUAACAGAAGACCAUGAUUGCUCAAGUCUCUUAGAUAGCUUAGAUCAUUUGAUUAGUGAAUCUCAGGAGGAAUUGAAUUCAGUAAAGAAGGAACUCGCAUCUAGAUUGAGGGAAACACUAGCAUUAAAGAGGCUUCUUGAUGAUGUGCCAACCCAAACUGAACUCAUCCAGUAUGAGCGCCGUUUUUCUGAGCUAUAUAUUAACAUUCAGGAUAAACUUAGACAAACACGCAGAUACUAUGCUACCUAUAAUGCACAUUUGGAGAUUAAGGAUCUGAUGUUAAAGGAGACAUCCUUAUUGAAGUCCAUAAGUUCUCAGUUUCAAGAUGCCAUAACCAGCCCCACGAGUCAAAUGAAACUUAUUGAUUCCAUGGAGGGAAUUCUGAAAGGCAUUCUACAGAAACUAGAUAAGGUGGAUCUCUCUCGUGAAGCAGAGCAGCAGGCCUGCAAUGCUUUGAAAGAGAAAUAUUCAGCAGCAACUUCAGAACAAAGACGUUGCUACACUCUCUUAAAAGCUUUUCAGGACCGUUCUUAGAAAUGGACCCUCCUCCCCGGUGAGUCAGUUUGUUGAAUAAGCAGAAACAUUUAAUUUGGCCGAUCAGUUUCAAUACAUUGAGGUCCCCAUAGAAGUAUAACCUCUCUGAAACCACUGCUGUCCUUGCUUAAUUUCUUCAUUUUCCAGGAGGAAUGUGUAAAGAACGAGAGGCUUCGGACCGAAAAUUCCACAUGAAGCGAUAAUAAUCAUCACCAAUGCAUGUGUUAUCCUUCAUUCAAUUGGGUCAAUGUUAGAGCCAGAUUUUGUGCCAAAGGGGAGAGUAGAAGAGAUUGAUUAGAGGGCUUUUGUUCCAACCUCGAAUUCAGUAUGUCAAAAUCGUCCUCCUUACCGAGUUCUGAUCUGUAAUUACAUAAUAGUGCAUGUGUGAGUAUUUCCAUGGUCCCCCCCCCAAUUUUCUCUCAUAUCUUUUGGAUAGGAUCAGAAAACGAAGAGCCCUUUUGGACAUAUCAAUACGUAAUUUCCCUUUCUGAAGACCAAUUGAGGCAUCGGCUAUCAAUUCUCAAUGAAAGUGAACUCACAGAAUCAGAUUGUGGAAAUCAAAAUGCUUACUGAUGGACGAUCUCAAUCCGACAUAGUUGACCUUAUUGCCAAAGGUCAGUUAAUACUUUUGAACUCUCUCAUUUCCCUUUGAAAAAUGUUUGUUUUAUCGAUAACUUCAAACCAAUAGAUUGAAUGUUAUUGGUUAAUAUAAUGUGUAGAAGUUUCAACA